AUGAAGCAUCUCAUCCACUCCCUUCCGUCUCCACCCAAGCUCCUCCCUCUUCCUCCUCCUUCCCCUCAACUACACACUCUCCCAAGCCCGCAGCUAACAGUCAACAGAUCCCUUGCCAUUAUCACCCCUCUCCUCCUCCCCACAUUCUCCUCCCUUGCUGACACCACCACCGCCACAACCUGCAGCCCUACCAAGCCAACCACGAAGACCGCAUUUAUCGAUGUCUCCGUCGAUGGCCAGCUCAUCGGACGGAUCACUAUCGGCCUUGACGAGUCAUCUGCCCCCUACGGUGCCACCCGGUUUGCCAAACUAGUGUCUGGCGCUGCAGGGAUCAGCUACCGCCGAAAAGAAUUCAUAAAAAUCAUGCCAAACUACAUACAACACGCCGGAGUAAGAUCCUAUGGCGUCGAUGCAGAGCUUGCCGCGAGGACUGGGAAUACAACCACCGCAGCAGACAGCUUGAAGUCAGAGUGGGAGGCAAGUUUGGACGAUAAGUGUGUCAAGAAUGUGGCGGCGGUGGGGAUUGUGGUUAGGGAUCCUACGAAGCCGCCGCCAAAAGUGAAAAUAGUGGCGAAGAAAGGGAAAUUGGAGGUGGAGGAGGAGGAGGUUGGGGUGGAGCCAAACGGGACAGAGUUUGUCAUUGUGACGAAAGACUCGCCGGAGCUUGACCAGUCCGUGUUGGUGGUGGGGAGGGUGGUUGAAGGGAUGGAGGUGGUGGAGAAGCUUACUCAGGUGAAGACUGUGCAGGACAAUACAAGCUCUCCUUACUUCAGAGUGGCAAAGUUGAUCGGAGAUAAGAGAGCAGUUGUGGCAGAGAGGGGAUUCAACAGGCCAUAUUCAAAGGUGGUCAUCACAAACUGCGGCUUAACAAGCUGAAAAAAGGAGGACAAACUCUCAUUUUUUUUUUGGUUGUUUGUAACUAUAGAGCAUGUACUAUUUAUCUGUAACAUGAUUGAAAUAAGGCUCAUUUUUAUUUGUGAAGAAAAGGGAUUUGAUGCCAAAGCCUAAGAGGCUAAGACAUUUCUGAUAUUAUUCAGACUGUAAAUUCCUCACAAUGAAAAGUUAAAUUCAGAGGUUCA